ACCUCUUCCCUGUUUGAAGGAAAGGAAGGGACUCUCAACUCCGAAGAGGAAGACUCGUGAAAGGAAAGAAGUUCUGAGAGUGAGAUAGAGAUGUUGAGAAACAUACUAUAUUAUUUUUUGUUAAUAAUUCUUGUAAUUUCAUCAGCCGCCGUGAUUGCAUCAUCGUCAAAAGGACAGCUAAGCUCAAAGCAAUGUGAGGAUCUGGGUUUCACGGGUUUAGCCCUUUGUUCUGAUUGCAACACUUUUUCUGAGUAUGUCAAGGACAAAGAGUUGAUAUCUGACUGCUUGAAAUGUUGCACGGAAGACUCAGAUGAUUCUAUUACUAAGAUUACAUAUUCAGGUGCAAUAUUGGAGGUGUGCAUGAGGAAACUGGUAUUCUAUCCUGAAAUUGUUGGUUUCAUUGAAGAAGAGAAGGACAAGUUUCCAACUGUUAAAGUUCAAUAUCUUUUCAAUUCUCCUCCCAAGUUGAUCAUGUUGGAUGAUGAGGGCCAACAUAAGGAAACUAUAAGAAUCGACAAUUGGAAACGUGAACACAUGCUGCAAUUCCUGCAAGAGAAAGUUAAACCUAAUUCAGCAAGCUCAUAGACCGAUUUAAUUCAUUCACAUUCCAGUGGUUUCAAGGCAAAGUAAAUUCUAAUUCAGCAAGAUUGCCGGAUUUAUUUGUGUAAAACCUUAGUCAUUUUUACAUCUUUUGCUCGGAUACUACUAUAAAAUGAAGUGACAUGAAUUAAGCUAGGGCUUAGUAAGGGCUCAUCUAUCAUGUCCUUUGAUGGGAUUCUAAUUGAAUUGGAUUAGCUGUAUUUUGGCCGGUUAGUUAAAGUUGAUAACAUUUCCUGUCCUAUCCCCUUUUCAGGUUUUACUGGCUAAGAUAAGGUUUACUUCAGUUAUGUUUGUAUAUGUAUAUGGUAUAAUGUCUUCAGGGGGCUGCAUUAACACGGAGUUCAAAUAAGAAUGGAGCUUUCACUUCUGACAAUUGCUGAACCAGGGGCACCAACUUCUGCAGGUAGGAAGAAAAAAGCUUGAACUCAUUAAGCUCUAACAGGUCCUGAUUGAAGUGGGUUUUCUUUUGUUCGAAGAUCAGGAAAUAUAGACAGGCAAAAAAAAAAAAAAAAA